AAAAAAAAAAAAAAGUCGGUCGGUCGGUCCAGCCGGUUUACUCGCUGCUGUGUUUGUUACGGUAUCCGCCAUUUUAAUAAAAAAAAAGCGUGUUUUGUCUCUUCAUUAAUAUCGUGAUUUUUCAACACGGAUAAAUUGACUUGAUAUUGAGUCAUCAAGAUGCCAGGUUUUAGCAGUGUUGGAACAUUUAAAAUAUUUAUCGGUAAUCUUGCUGAUAAAACAACAAAUGCUGAUAUAAAGCCAUUAUUUGAAAAAUAUGGUAAAGUUGUUGAGUGUGAUGUUGUUAAAAAUUAUGGUUUUGUCCAUAUGGAAAAUGAGGAAGCAGGUAGAAAUGCAAUACAAAAUUUAAAUGGUACAAUGGUACAUGGACAGCCAAUAAAAUGUGAAGCAGCUAAAAGUCGUAAAGGACCAAAUACACCAACAACAAAAAUAUUUGUUGGUAAUUUAACUGAUGAUACAAAAGCACCACAAGUACGUGAAUUAUUUGCAAAAUUUGGUACUGUUGUUGAAUGUGAUAUUGUACGUAAUUAUGGUUUUGUACAUUUGGAAGCAACUGGUGAUGUUAAUGAUGCUAUUAAAGAAUUAAAUGGUUCAAUGGUUGAUGGUAAACCAAUGAAAGUACAAAUAUCAACAAGUCGUGUUAGACAAAGACCUGGUAUGGGUGAUCCAGAACAAUGUUAUAGAUGUGGACGUGGUGGUCAUUGGUCAAAAGAAUGUCCAAAGGGUGGUAUGGGAGGAGGUGGUGGAGGUGGCGGUGGUGGUGGUGGUGGUCCAGAUAGAAAUGGUUUUAGAGAUAGAAUGUUUGGACGUGAUCCAUAUCCACCACCUCCACCACCACCAUUUCUUCGUGAUAGACUUAUGGGUGGUCGUGGAUUUGGUGAAUAUGAUAGCUAUUAUGACAGACGUGGUUUUGAUGAUUCAAGAGAAUUAUAUGAGAGACGUUUUAGUGGUAUGAAUGGACCACGUGAUAUGGAUAGCUCAAUGCUUGGACGUGAUUUUCCACCAAUGUCAAUGCCACCACUACCAGCACGAAGAGAUCCAAUGCCACCAAUGCCAGCACUUGGAAUGGGAUCAAUGCGUGACAGUGGUUUUUCACGUGGUAAUGAUUAUGGAAUGUUUAGCCGACGAACACCACCACCAAGUGCUAAUAAUGGACGUUUUAGAGGAAUGUAUGAGGACUUUAGCAGAGACUCAUUUGAUGAACGAAGCAGACCGGGAAUACGUGGACCAUCGCCGUCGCGCCGGUUCGCACCAUACUAAAUAGAAAAGCCCCGUCGUCGUCGUCGUCGCCGCCUACGCGUCGAAAUAAGCCGGAUCGUUGUGCUCGGUCUGUGUCGUUUGCCCGUCACCUUGUCGUCUUCGUCGUCGUCGUCGUCGUCGGGUCACACACACUCACUCACUCAGUGUCAAUCUCAAGUCGGAUCACAAACAGAGAAAUAAGAAAAUAAAAAGUUAUAAAUAAACAAAAACAAUAUACAGAAAAAUCCAUGUGAGUAAAAGGAAAUGACAAAAAAAAAAAAUAAAAAGAAAUGAAAAAAAAUCCAGCAUAUUUAUCGGGUUACACGUCUUCGUCGUCGAUCGUCAGAUUGAUCGUCGUGGUCGUUUGCAGGAAGCCCCCGUCGUGAUCCCAAUAUAACGAAAACACAAAAUGAUGUUUUAUCAAUAAUAAUUACUAAUAAUAAUUUGGUAAAAAAAAAUUUAUCAAGAUUUAAUUACAAAUAAAUAAAAAGAAGAAAGAAAAACAACUCAAGCUUAAUAUUAUUAUUAAUUAUUAGUUUAUAAUUAAAUACAGGGUGUUUGUUUUGUUUUUUUUUUUAAUUUUCAUUUUUAAUCUAUUAAUAUCAUCAAGAAACUGAAUUAUUGUGGAUAUUAUUGUUACUGCUAUUUUUUUUGUAAACAAUUAAUCAAAAAAAAAAAAAUAUAUUAUGUAGGAAGUUCGGCGGAUGUAACUGCAACUGCGAACGACGAUGAACACAAAAUAAUAAUCAACUUUUUAAUAAAAAAAUAAUAAUAAAUCAACUAUUAUAUAUUAUAAAUAAAUUUAAGAAUAAAAAUUGUAUCCAUCAGUUGGUUUUUACCUUUUUUUUUUUUCGUUUUUAACAUAAUAAAUUUUUAAAAAUUAAUUUUGACUGUUGGUUACUAUUUUUUUUCUUUUAAAUAUUAAACGAGUUUUAUAGACAAAAUAAUAAUUAAUAGAAAUAUUUUAUAGUGAUGUCGUUCCCAUGAAAAUUUUAAUUUUUCUUUUCUUUUUUUUUUAAUUUUCAAAUCAAUUUCUUAUCGAGCUUCGAAGCCAUCACACACAGAGACACAGAUAAAUGCAUUGUUAAUUAAUUUACAAUUUUUAUUAAAUACCACAAAUCUCGUUGAUUUGUUAUUAAUUUUUUUAAAGCUUCGAGG